UCGGCAAUACAAAAAUUGCAUUAAUACAAUGAUCUGAUAGGACCUCUUCAUUGUGUGGCAGGAAGUAAAGGCACGUCAUCUGGAGCGAGCGACAAUAGUUGAAUCACAGAUCCAGGAUUUGGUCCCGGCAUGGGGGACAUGAAGACCCCAGAUUUCGAUGACCUAUUGGCAGCAUUUGACAUUCCUGACAUCGAUGCUAAAGAGGCUAUCCAGUCUGCUGAUGAGGCUGACGGGCCAGGCGGUGCACCUCUGGGAAAGCCAGACGGUGGGGUUGGUGUAGGGCCAUCUCUGAGACCAGCUAGCCCCACGGACCCACUGGCUGACACCCCUAUUGUCAGCGUUAUCGUAAAGAACUGUGUACGACCUCACAUUGAUGGCGGGGAUGAGGACACAGACCAGAACACUAUGGACAGCAUUGCAGGGGUCGCUAUGGGUCCACGGCUCGGUGUCUGUGCCCCAGACAUAGCGGAAUCUGAACCACUCAAUCACAAUGGGUUUGGGGCUACUGGUAUAACUACGCCCCUAACCCAGGCUCAGGCCCAAUCUAAUGGGGAGCCGUGGUCAGUGUCUACCCCCAAAAUGGAGGGUGGAGGAGGCGGUGCUGGAUCAACUAAAUCGGUCAAGCAGGUUGGCAAUAUAUUCAACAGACUGAAGCCACUCAUGGCGCAAGGGUCGGGAGACCCUGUAGGGAGGGCGAGGAAGAUGCAGCUCCUACAGCAGCAGCACACACGGCAAGAGGCAGGCAAAGAAGCUUCGUUAUCCUCCUCUUCAUCUGUUGUGUCUGCGUCUCUUGUCUCAGGAGUGUCAGUAGGACUGUCCUCUCCUUUCUUCCCGCCUUCCAAGCCUCUGCUCCCGUCCCCGCCAUCCGCCCUCUCCUUGCACUCAUCUCAGCCGUUUAACGGGGUACCUAAAGCCGGCCCGACAUUGUGUCCCAGAGACUCAGAGGGGGUUGAUUCCAAUCAGGACCUAGGGCCCCCGCUGCUGAUCCAGGAACCCCCUGGCUCCCCCUCCCGCACCCCUCCCAAACUGACCCGUCGUUUUAGGUCCUCUGCUGGCAGCUCUGACUCCACCCAUCCCAUGGCCUCAUCGGCAGCUCACCCCAAACCAGGGGACACUCCCUCGGGCUGUAGAGUAACCUCAACCGCCCAGUCAGGCUCCACCAAGAGUCUACCACAGGAAGACAAACACCCAGAGCAUGUUAUAGAAGAGCGAGACUCACCUGAAAGUCCUGAGCCAGAAAUACCCAUAUCGGCUGCACCAGUAACCGCCAAGAGGUGCUCCAGCCCUGCAGUAGCCUCCACACCACCCCCCUCAGACCUUCAGGAGCCUGAGGAGGAGGAGAUGGAGGUGGAAAAUGGAAUAGAGAAGGCUAUGGAUGGAAAGGCAGAUUUUGGAGAGGAAGAGCGUGCAAGAACAGGAGAGGAGAAAAUGGAAGUGAAUGAUGGCAAGUCUACACCUCCAACCACUGAAAGUUGCACCUCAACUCCAGGAGGGCCUGCUGCUCCUGCCCGGCCCCUCAAAGUGCGGAUAAAGACCAUAAAAACCUCCACUGGUGGAAUCACCAGAACUGUUACCAGAGUCGCACCCAAAGCAGGUGCUGCUGGAGCCAAGGGUUUGGAGCCCAGCAAAGCUCCACCAGGGGUGCGGAAGACCCCAGUCAACAGGGCCUGGAAACCUGACACUCCCUCUGGUCGUAUGGCACCCUCCCAGUCACAGAAAGAAAAGAGUCUCAACACACUGCCCGUGUCUACAUUAGCAGCCAGUAGUGCUAUGCUAGCCGCUGCAACCAAGGCUCAGAAUAAGAUGGCUGCCUCCUCGGACUCGGACAAGGCCAAGGUAUCUGCCACUGCUGUUAGCAUCACUAAAUCUGCCGCCCUGCCUGCCACUCCCUCGGUUGCCUCCUCUCCGAAGUUCUCAGUAGCCACGGGUGGGAUGAGUGUACGUCCUGUUGGUGCUAAAACGUCUAACGGGGGCAGCGCCAGCGUCCUAGCCGGUACUCACCAGCCAAACAAGCCUGCCUCCAUUGUGAACAGCACGGGCGCCGUCAUUUCCCGCAGCCAGUCUAGCCUGGUGGAGGCCUUCAACAAGAUCCUUAACAGCAAGAACCUGCUGCCCAGUUAUAAGCCUGACCUCUCGGCGGCUCCGCCCCCAGAGUGGGGGCUCCCUCUGCCUGCCAUGGGCUACCGCUGUCUAGAAUGUGGCGAUGCCUUCGCCUUGGAGCGCAGCCUGGCUCGCCACUAUGACAGGCGCUCGCUGCGCAUUGAGGUGACCUGCAACCACUGUGCCAAGCGGCUGGCCUUUUUCAACAAGUGCAGCCUGCUGCUCCACGCCAGGGAGCAUAAGGAACGAGGGCUGGUAAUGCAGUGCUCUCACCUCGUCAUGAGGCCCGUCACCAUGGAGCAGAUGAUUGGCCAGCAGGACACCACACCCAUCAGCAUGUGUUCCCCUUCUUCAAUCUCCUCUCCUCCUCCAGUCUCCUCCCCCUCCACCACGUCCGGCGCCCCCGCAGUGUCAUCCAGUUCCAGCCCACUGAAGGACACACAGUCUCCCUCUACAGCCCAGCUGAGACCAGUCCGCCGUGCGCCCCAGAUCCCCCAGGUGCUGAUGCCCCUCCCCAGCAAGAAGGGAGAGGUGCUGCAGUACCACAACUUCAAGUGUCCCGAGUGCCAGGUCCAGUUCUCUGGCAAGGCAGAGCUGGUCGCCCACUUCCAGCAGAUCAGAGCUACCCCCAACUCGACCUGUAUGCUGUGCUCCCCUCCCAUGAUGCUGCCUAACUGGUGCAGUGUGUCGGCUCACCAGAGGAUUCAUAAGCACCGGGCACCCCACGUCUGUCCAGAGUGUGGGGGCAUCGCCCGGCAGGCCAGCUUCCAAACCCACCUGGAGGAGGCCUGUCUGCACUUCGCCCGCCGUAUUGGAUACAGGUGCUCCAGUUGCCAGGUGGUCUUCGGGGGUCUGAACUCCAUCAAGUCCCACAUCCAGACGGCCCACUGCGAGGUGUUCCACAAGUGCCCCAGCUGCCCUAUGGCCUUUAAGUCUGCCCCUAGUGCACAGGGACACAUCAGCACCCAGCACCCCACCCUCACCGGGGGACAGGCCAAAUUGAUCUACAAGUGUGUGAUGUGUGAUACAGUUUUUACCCAGAAACCCUUACUGUACAUGCAUUUCGACACCCACCUGGCCAAGCAGAAAGUGCAUGUGUUCAAGUGUCCUGACUGCACCAAACUCUAUGCACAGAAAGGUUCCAUGAUGGAACACAUAAAGACUGCUCACAGAAGGCAGUCAGUCAAACAGGAGGGCCAAUCCAAUGCCUCUGCCCCUGCCCCCACCAACGCCCCAGCCCCCUCCCUCCCAAAAUCCAAGCCCUCUGCAAAAAAGGACAACUCAGAUGGGGAGGACUGGGGCCGAGACCAAGAGGAGGAGGAGGAAGGAGAGGAAGAGGGGGGUGAGGACUAUGAGGAACCUGAGAAUCAGUCUAGUUCUAUGGAGGUAGGCAGCCAUCGUGGGACCAUCUCAGAAUGGAGCUGCCAGCAAUGUCAGAAGACCUUCACACAGAGUGACGACUACAUCUCUCACAUGAAGACAGAGCACGGAAAGACUAUGAAGAAGUUCCCGUGUUGUGUGUGUGAGAGCUCCUUCUCCACCUCUUCCAGCCUGCGGCGCCAUGUACGCGUCAUCCACGAGGGCAACAAGCGAGUGUUCCACUGCCAAUAUUGCACGGAAGGCAAGCGGACCUUCAGCAGUCGGCUCAUACUGGAGAAGCAUAUCCAGGUCCAUCAUCACAGGGUCAGAUCCACUGACGGACAGACCAGGAAGCGUUCAGUCCCGGGUAAGGGCCCAGGCAGCUCAUCUGAACUUGACGGGGAGGGGGCCACCAUGGGAGAGGAAGGGGGCGGCACGGACAGCAGAGAGGCCACAGAGGGGGGCGAGGAGGGCAGCAUUCCUGUGAAGAAAACGCGAGCGUCGGCAAUUCCCGAGCCCGAGGAGGACGACAUUAUGUUCCGCUGCGUGCCGUGCGGCUUCGCCACGGAGGACGGUGCCGAAUUCCAGCGCCACAUCCCGCAGCAUCGCGCUGAUGCCGCCUCCUUCCAGUGCCUGCAGUGUGGCGUGUGCUUCGCCUCGGCUGGCUCCCUGGGACGCCACCGUUUCAUCACCCACCGUGUGAGAGAUCCACAGGGGGAGUCACACCACAGGCCACCCCGCACGCCCUCCUCCCCGGACGGCUUACCCUCGUCCCCACAGGACGGAGAGGACGGUAAGGGGAAAAUGAGCUGCAGGGUGUGCAGCCGGCGCUUCGACAGGGCCUCCGACCUUAACACCCACUUGAGGACCCAUGGCAUGGCCUUCAUUACCGCCCACAAGACGGACAAGCCCCAGUAGGGUGAAGUUGCCCCUCGAUGCUGAUCCUGGUUCAGUUUUGCAUUUCCCUCACUAAUGGUUAGUAUUGGGGGAGAAGAAGCAGAUCCUAGAUCUGUAACUCGGGGAAACUUCACUCCAGAGCCGGACAAGCCCCAGUAUGGAAAGGAGGGGUGAGGCCUCGGAGUAACCAACAGGCCUGGGAGAUGAGUGGUUUUGACUUGGAAUAAUUUUAGGGGAACUGAAUGUGGAUAGAUGAGAGCUGACCCAGAUGUACUUCUGUGCCGUUUUGAGCCACUUGAUCUCCUUUGUCACACUUGCAUGCUGAGCAGUGGACUGGACACGCAUGAGGAUGGGAGUUCUGAGGGUCAAGACCACCUGAUGAUCAUAGCAUCGAUAUCAGCCAUAAGUGUCCAACUUUUCCAUGAUUGUGUACGUUUUUCUGCCAUUAAUAUGGUUUGUCUAUCUUAAUGUGAACCAUGCUAUCAUUUCUACAUGCAUUUCCUUCCUUUUCCGAGCUAUGUGUCUCAAAAGGUAUUCUGUCUCGCGUUGCAUCCACACCGACCCACUGUACAAAGAAAGCACUCUUGUUGGUCAUAGAUCAGUUUCUAUGGGUCCACCUCUUUAGUGAGGGUUCGAUAACUGUUCUCAAAUCAGUAUCUGAAGCAAAUAAUAGUAUUGAGAGUAACACUGAUUUUAAGUACUAAUGACAUUGUUCUAUUUAUUUAUAUGAAACACAUUGUUGUCGUUGUUUGUGAGACAUUGCAGCCAAUCUUAUGGUAAAGGGAACUUGAAAUGUAUGACACAGACAGGUGAGAUUUAUUUCUCUGUUUUGAUACGCUGAACAAAAAUAUGAACGCAAUAUAUAAAGUGUUGGUCCCAUUUUUCAUGAACUGAAAUAAAAUAUCCCAGAAAUGUUCCAGGCGCACAAAAAGCUUCUCUGAAAUUUUGUGCACAAAUGUGCUUUUAGUGAGCAUUGCUCCUUUGCCAAGAUAUGCCACACCUGUUUGGUGGAUUAUCAAGAAGCUAAUAAAACAGCAUAAUCAUUAUACAGGUGCAAUUCAGUCACACACAAUGCCAGAUGUUUUGAGGGAGUGUGCAAUUGGCAAGCUGACUCCAGGAAUGUCCAGCAGAGUUGUUGCCAGAGAAUUGAAUGUAAAUUUCUCUACCAUAAGCUGCCUCCGUCGUUUUUGAGAAUUUGGCAAGUACAACCUCACAACCACGCCAGCCCAGGACCUCAACACAAACUGUCAGAAACCAUCUCAGGGAAGUCCAUCUGCGCACUCGUCUUCUUCACCUGACUACAGUUUGGUGUCAGUUGGCAAAUGCCCACCUCCGAUGGCCACUGGCACGCUGGAGACGUUCUCUUCACGGAUGAAUCCCAGUUUAAACUAUACGAGGCAGAUGGUGUUGUGUGGAUGAGCGAUUUUCUGAUGUCAACAUGGGGAACAGAGUUAUGGUAUGGGCAGGCAUAAGCUACGGACAAUGAACACAACAUUUAAUCAAUGGCAGUUUGCGCGCACAAAGAUAUUGUGUCGAGAUCCUGAGGCCCACCGUCCCGCCAUUCAUCCGCCGCCAUCACCUCAUGUUUCAGCAUGAUAAAGAAACGCCCCAUGUCGCAAGGAUCUGUACACAAUUCCUGGAAGCUCAAUGUCCCAGUUCUUUCAUGGCCUGCAUACUCCAGCUGCCCAUUGAGCAUGUUUGGGAUUGACAUGUACGAAAACGUGCUCCAGUUGCCGCCAAUAUCCAGCAACAUCACACAGCCAUUGAAGAGUGGGACAAUAUUCCACAGGCAACAGCCUGUUCCCCUUCCAACAGGACAAUGACCCUAAGCACACAGCCGAGACAACACAGGAGUUGCUUCGGGACAAGUAUCAAUGUCUAGGGUGGCCCUGUCAGAGUCCAGACUUGAACCCGAUCGAACAUCUCUGGAGAAACUUGAAAAUGUGUGCAGCGAGGCUCCCCAUCCAACCUGACAGCUCUUGAGAUGAUCUGCAGAGAAGAAUGUGAGAAACUCCUCAUACAGGUGUGCCAAGCUUGUAGCAUCAUACCCAAGAAGACGCGAGGCUCUAAUCACUGCCAAAGGCGCUUCAACAAAGUACUAAGUAAAGAGUCUGAAUACUUAUGUAAAUGUCAUUAUGGGGUAUUGUGUGUGUGUAGAUUUGAAGGGGAAGAAACUAUUCAAUUUUAGAAUAAGGAUGUAACGUAACAAAUUCAAGGGGUCUGAAUACUUUCCGAAUGCACUGUAUAUACAGUACCAGUCAAGUUUGGACACACCUACUCAUUCAUGGGUUUUUCUUUUACUAUUUUCUACAUUACAGAAUAAUAGUGAAGACAAACUAUGAAAUAACACAUAUGGAAUAAUGUAGUAAACCAAAAAGUGUUAAACAAAUCACAAUAUAUUUGAUUCUUCAAAGUAGCCACCCUUCGCCUUGUUGACAGCUUCGCACCCUGUUGGUAUUCUCUCAACCAGCUUCACCUGAAAUGCUUUUCCAACAUAGGCUGAGCACUUGUUGGCUGCUUUUUCUUCACUCUGCGGUUCAACUCAUCCCAAACCUUCUUAAUUGGGUUGAGGUCAGAUGAUUGUGGAAGCCAAUUCAACUGAUACAGCACUCCUGUCACUCUCCUUCUUGGUCAAAUAGCCCUUACACAGCCUGGGAGAGUUGUGUUAGGUCAUUGUCCUGUUGAAAAACAAAUUAUAGUCCCAUGAAGAGCAAACCAGAUUGGAUGGCGUUUCGCUGCAAAAUGCUGUGGUAACAAGCAUGGCUAAGUGUGCCUUGAAUUCUAAAUAAAUCACUAACAGUGUCACCAGCAAAGCACCCCCACACCAUCACAACUCCUCCUCCAAGCUUCAAGGUGAGAACAACACAAAUGCGGAGAACAUCCAUUCACCUACUCUGCGUCCCAAAGACACUGUGUUGGAUCCAAAAAUCUUACAUUUGGACUCAACCGACCAAAGGACAGAUUUCAACCGGUUUAAUGUCCAUUUCUCGUAUUUCUUGACCCAAGCAAGUCUCUUCUUCUUAUUGGUGUGGUUUCUUUGCAGUAAAUCGACCAUGAAGGUCUGGUUCACCGAGUCUCCCCUGAACAGUUGAUGUUGAGAUGUGUCUGUUACUCUAAUGAACUUAUCUUCAAAUCAAAUUUGAUCUGUAACAUACAUGUCUAGCAGAUGUUAUUGCGGGUGUAGUGAAAUCCUUCUUUCUAGCUCCAACAGUGUAGUAAUACCUAACUGAAGCAUUUAUUUGGGCUGCAAUUUCUGAGGCUGGUAACUCUAAUGAACUUAUCCUCUGCAGCAGGGGUAACUCUGGGUCUUCCUUUCCUGUGCCCGUACUCAUGAGCCAGUUUCAUCAUAGCGCUUAAUGGUUUUUGCAACUGCACUUGAAGAAACUUUCAAAUAAAUGUUCCACGUUAAGGUAAUGAUGGACUGUCAUUUCUCUUUUGUUUAUUUGAGCUGUUCUUGCCAAUAUGGACUUAUCCCUAUUUGGUAAAAGACCAUCUUCUGUAUACCACCCCUACCUUGUCAGAAAUGCAUUGAGGAAAGAAAUUCCACAAAUUAACUUUUAACACCUCCAGGUGACUAUCUCUUGAAGCUGGUUGAGAGAAUUCCAAGAGUGUGCUUAGGGUCAUUAUCUUGUUGGAAGGUGAACCUUCGUCCCAGUCUGAGGUCCUGAGUGCUCUGAAGCAAGCAGGUUUUCAUCAAGGAUCUCUGUACUUUGCUCUGUUCAUCUUUCACUUGAUCCUGACUCGUCUCCCAGUCCCUGCCGCUAAAAACCGCCACCACCGUGCUUCGCCGUAGGGAUGGUGGCAGGUUUCCUUCAGAUGUGACGCUUGGCAUUCAGACCGCAGAGUUCAAUCUUGGUUUCAUAACACCACAGCAUUUUGUUUCUCAUGGUCAGUCCUUUAGGUUCCUUUUGGCAAACUCCAAGCAGGCUGUCAUGUGCCUUUUACUGAGGAGUGGCUUCCAUCUGGCUACUACCAUAAAGCCCUGAUUGGUGGGGUGCUGCAGAGAUGGUUGUCCUUCUGGAAGGUUCUCCCAUUUCCACAGAGGAACUGGAGCUCUGUCAGUGACCACCGGGUUCUUGGUCACCUCCCUGACCAAGGCUCUACGGAAAUUCCAUUCGGCCUAAUGGCUUGGUUUUUGCUCUGACAUGCACUGUCAACUGUGGGACCUUUAUAUAGACGUGUGUUCCUUUCCAAAUCACGUCCAAUCAAUUUAAUUGACCACAGAUGGACUCCAAGUUGUAGACACAUUCAAGGAUGAUCAUUGGAAACAGGAUGCACCUGAGCUCAAUUUCAAGUCUCACAGCAAAGGGUCUGAAUACUUAUGUAAUAACUAAGGUAUGUUUAUUUUUUAAAUAUUAGCAAAAAUGUGUGUAGAUUGAGGAAAAGUUUUUAUUUAAUCCAUUUUAGAAUAAGGCUGUAACAUAUAAUGUGGAGAAAGGGAAGGGGUCUGAAUACUUUCCGAAGGUACUAUAGAUAAAUAAUGAUUCCGCUUUUAUUUUCCAUCUGUAUUGUGGUCUGUGUGCUGAAUUGCCAUACAUUUUAUGUGCCGUUUCAAAAUAAAUGUGUGCGGGAGAACUU